ACAUUCUAUAAGUGUUGAUAACACGUAACAACAAUGUUUUCUGACUUACAAAGAAAGUUAUUUAAUUCAAUGCGAAAAUUGUAUUUUAACAAUUUAAAAGUAAUGGAUUUUUCAACAAAUGUCGAACAUAAAAUAAAGGAAGGUAAAAUUAAAGUAGAUGGUAUUGAUAUUAAUUGCGUUCAAGUUGGAACCGGAGAACAUCCUGUAUUACUUUUACCAGGUGCAAUGGGUUCAGCAUGGACUGACUUUAAACCACAGAUAGAAUGUUUAUCCAGAGAUAAGUUUAAAAUUGUGGCCUGGGAUCCACCUGGAUAUGGAAUGACAAGACCUCCAAACCGAACGUAUCCUGAAAACUUUUUUGAACUAGAUGCAAUGUGGGGAUGCCAUUUAAUGAAAGCUCUUGGACACUCAACAUUUUCUUUGAUUGGUUGGAGUGAUGGUGGUAUCACUUCCUUAAUUUUAGCUUCCAAGUUUUCGGAAAACGUUAGAAAAAUGUUAGUACUUGGAACUAAUUCUUUUAUUUUACCUGAAGAGGUUCAAAUUUACAAGUCUAUUAGAGAUAUUGAGAGUUGGUCAGCAAAAAUGAGAGAUCCUUUCAUAAAUUUAUAUGGAAAAGAUUAUUUCCAAACAACUUGGAUCAAGUGGGUCGACACAAUGAUUGUACUAUUUGAAAAAAAUAAUGGCAAUAUUUGUAAUGAACAUCUUGCUAAUAUUAAAUGUCCAACAUUAAUUGUUCAUGGGAGGAAAGAUGUCUUAGUUUCUCAUGAGCAUCCUCCAUAUUUGAACAAACAUAUCAAAAAUUCACGAGUAAAAUAUUUUGAACAAGGAAGCCAUAAUCUACAUUUAAGAUAUUCCGAGGAAUUUAAUGCUUUGGCGACAGAAUUUAUUUGCGAAAAGUCUACGUUGUAAAGAAAAAGAUAAUUAUGAAUAUAAUUCUAUAAGAAAGAUUUUUAUUUUUAUGACUUUUAAUCAAAUCUGCAAGGCUCACUUUUUUAUUUUUAUCGAAACCAAAUCUGUUUGUCGCACCUAUUUAUUUUGAUCGCUUCGAAUCAAAUCUGCCCAGCGCACUAGUUUUUAUCAAAUUAAAUUCAGUUCAUGCUAAUUUCCAUUCAUUGUUUAAAAAAAAUAAUAAUAAAAAACAUUUAAUGUAAA